AUGUUCUUCGCAUCGCUUACAGAAAUGUGCCUUAAAGCAUUCGUCACCUUAUUCGUUGUAUCAGCAGCUGUGUUCGUAGGAUUUAAUACAUUGGCUCGUCUUGAAAGCGGUGUUCAUCACCAGCUUGUUGGUUGCGAGCAGUAUGUCUUCGAACUUGCACACCGUUUGGAUACUCUGAAGGAGUCCUCCGUAUUUAGGAUGAUCUCUUGGCUUCUACCUGAGAGGCCUCACUUCGUUCAAGAAACCAUGGAAUCUUGGCCCGUUGCAAUCCUUGGUCGGAUACUGUCCUUCUUCCCUCGUGUUGAAAGACUUUGGAAAUCUAGACAGGAAUUACAACGGUGUGAAUUCGUUGCCCGAACUCUGGAAAAGGAAUUGGCAAAAGUCCAACUUGGUAAUGUCUGUGUCUAUUUUGGCGUGUAUCUGAUCUUUGCAGGAAUUGUGCUCUUGUUGAACUCCUUACUAGGUAAUAAAAAGCAGGAAACUGAUCCCGAAGACGAAGAGCAGGAAUUUGAUAGGUCGUCGAAGAAUAGUUCACUUGAUCAAACCGAGGAAACUGAGGAGCAAAAUCAAAAGUGGACUGAAAAGACAAGUGAACCAGAAAACAUGAAAAAAUUAGAGGCAAUAGAAAAACUGACUGAAGAAAAUUUCCGUUUAAAGAAAAAGGAAGAGGAAAUGGAAGCUAAGUUUAACCUCCUGUACUAUAAAUAUGAAGGCCUUCAAAAAAUGAAGGAGGAAGAGAAUGAAAUGGCGAAUAAAAAGAUUCAUGAGCUUAACAAAAUAAACGACCACCUGUUGAUGGAAAUUGCCCAUAAAGAAACUUCGGUUGAGCGACAUAGAAACACAACCGAUGAAAUGGAGCAAUCAAAUUGCCUGAUGAAAGCAGAGCUGGAAAGGGCAAAGGAAGAAAACCGAGCCCACAUGGAGAGGCAGUCACAACUUCUGAAAGAGAAAGAACGAUUGGAAAAAGAUAUCAAAGAACAAGCUCAUAUCAUCGAAGAGAUGUCUGAACAGAACGGCAGAUUACAAAAAGAACUAAUGGAGGCAAAGAUGAAUCACUUCGUGCGAGGCGAACGGCACGAAGAUCUACUUACCAAGAUAGAAGGAUUAAAGGAGAAGGUUAGUUUCCUCGAAAAUAAGUUAUCCAAGCCUGUGGAAGAGGAAGAGAAUGAAGCCUCAGAGGAAGAUCUACCUGAGGAGAGUGUCCCUCUUCCACAGCAAGUCAACCAUCUCAGUAAUGAAGAGGAAACACUGAAAAACCAGGGACUAAAAGCAAACAGAAGAGUGAGACUAAAAAGAAACUCACUCCCAGGAAAGCUGCAAGCUAAUGAGGAACAGAAGGAAGAAGAAAAAGUUAUUGUCACUGUAAAGAAAAGAGCGGAAGAAACAAAAAGAGAAGACCAAGGAGUUGUAGAGAAAGACACCCGCAAGGACAACAAGGGGUGCCAAAAGCCUCAACGGGUUAAAAAGGCUGAUAGAAAACUGAUAACCUUCAACCUGGAACCAGAUCAGCCUCAGCCAGACAAAAGUGUCUUCUCCCGCUCUACAAGACUUCCCCCUCAACAGGAGGUCAACUCUAUAAUCUUCAGGGGGGAAAAAGUUAAACUUAGAUGGAUUGAGGAAACGGAUGGAGAAGUGAUAGCUGAACUGGGUGUCCCGAGGAAAUUCCAUAAAGCUAUCAAUGGAAUCCAGGGUAGGACACUUGAGGAGAUCACGAAUAGAAGUGGUGUCAACCUCAUUGCACUGCCGGGAAAGUUAGAAAAAACAGAUCUAAUCACUAUCGCAGGUAGAGUCCAUCAAGUUCGUCUAGCUGCUAGUCAUAUUGAACGCCUCAUCAAUAAUCUCUACUAA